AUGAAGAUAAGGUUUCACAUGCUACAAAUAUCCCUCCAGGGGGCGUGGUACUGCACAGUCAUUAACCAGAAAGCACAGGCUGAAGCUGAAGUUCACUUUUCACAGAAACUGAGGAACAGCAGCUUCACUGCAGACAUGAGUCAAGUUUCAGACAUUGAACGCUGUGAUUUGGACAUUAAGAACAACAGCAGCAGCCAUCGUACAGAUCUGUAUGGAGCGGAGCGUUUGAUUGUCAGAAGGGGACAGCCCUUCAGCAUCAUUUUACAUCUGAAACCUGGCAGCAGAGAGUUCAAACUGGGUGAAACAAGUUUCACACUCAUCGUUGAAACUGGUCCAGUACCCAGAAAAGAAUCAGACACAAAGGUUUCCUUCGGUCUGCGUGAGUCCACAGUGGACACCGAGUGGAGCGCAUCCGCCACUAAUGAUCCCUCUGCAAACACAGUGUCUAUAACUAUCAGCUCCUCGCCCAACGCCCCCAUUGGACUCUAUUCUCUGAGUCUGGACCAGGAGGGACAGAAGACCAAUUUAGGACAGUUCAUCCUUCUUUUUAAUGCUUGGUGCCCCAGAGAUGCCGUUUACAUGCGCAGUGAGACGAAGAGGCAGGAGUAUGUUUUAGCGCAACAUGGGCAGAUCUACAGAGGAACACAUAAGCGAAUCAAGGGGACACCCUGGAACUUUGGACAAUUUGAACCAAGUAUACUGGAUAUCUGUCUGAUGAUCCUGGAUGCCAACCCAAAAUUUGUAUCUGAUGCUGAUGAGGACUGCUCUGCCAGGAGAAAUCCGAUUUAUGUGACCAGGGUGCUGAGUGCCAUGAUCAACAGCAAUGAUGACAGGGGAGUGCUUGUGGGAGAGUGGGGCGAAUUUUCAGGUGGAGUUCAUCCAGGACUGUGGACUGGCAGCGGGGACAUUUUGCGUCAGUGGGCAGAGAGUGGCCCUGUCUGCUAUGGCCAGUGCUGGGUCUUUGCUGCUGUUGCAUGCACAGUGUCCCGUGCUCUGGGCAUCCCAUGUCGAGUGGUUACUAACUUUGGAUCCGCUCAUGAUGCUGAUGCCAACCUGAUAAUAGAAAACCUGUAUGAUGAAAAUGGUGAACGAAUUUCUGAAGGUGAUUCAAUAUGGAACUUCCAUGUUUGGGUGGACAGCUGGAUGACCCGUGCAGAUUUGGGGUCAGAAUUCGAUGGGUGGCAAGCCAGUGACCCAACGCCACAGGAGACAAGUGAAGGUGUUUUCUGUUGUGGACCAGCAUCACUAAGAGCCAUCAAAGAAGGAGAGCUGACCAAGAAGUAUGAUGCUCCCUUUAUAUUUGCUGAGGUUAAUGCAGAUGUUGUGGACUUGGUGCGCCUUUCGAAUGGUCAGUUGGUCAAGUUUGAUGGAUCAACUAAGUCUAUUGGGCGCUUCAUCAGCACUAAAGCUGUGGGCUCUGAUGAGAGACACGACAUCACACACCAGUACAAGUAUCCAGAAGGCUCAAAGGAGGAGAGGCAGGUGUAUGAGAAGGCUCAACACCACAACAAGCUACAGCAGCGAGGAGAAGAGCCAGGACUCCGUCUUAAGAUCAAACUGGCUGAUAACAUGAUCGUUGGCUCGGACUUUGAGGUGUCUGCUAUCCUCACCAACAACUGCAUGGAGGCAAGGACCUGCUCCUUCCUGUUCUUCGCCAGAGCUGUCACCUACAAUGGAAAAGAAGGAGAGAGCUGUGGAUUUGCUUCAGACAAAGUGGAGGUGCCCUCUGGAGAAGAAAGACAUCUGUCCCUCAGGCUGGAGUAUGACCAGUAUGGACCAGUGAUCACCUCUGACAGGUUGAUUCACCUGUCAGCCAUCACCAUCGACAAGCAGACCAUAGAUUACCAUAAGGCUGAGAAAACCAUUGUGCUAGAUGAGCCAAAUAUAGAGAUCAAGCUGGUGGGAGAAGUCAAAGUAAACCAGUCAGUGACAGCAGAGCUGACCUUGUUGAACCCUUUACCAGAGCUGCUGCAAGACUGCAGCUUCACCAUAGACGGCGUCGGCCUCACUGACGGCAAACCCACAACCGCAAAAAUUGGAGCUGUGGGCCCCAAACAGGAAGCCAAGGCCAGCAUUGAGUUCAGACCCACCAGUGCUGGCUCCAGUGUCCUGCUGGUGAACUUUGAUAGCAACAAACUGAGGAACAUCAAGAGCUUCAUUAAUGUUGUUGUGAAGGAAUGAGCCAGUACAUAAAUCUGACAACUCAGUUUUUUUUUCUUUGCUUUUCAUUGGACUCCAGAUUACAGGGUCGCCCUUAGCAUCAGGGCUUCAGACUUUAUUUUUUAACCCCAUUAUUAUUUUUAUCCAUGUAUUAUGUAUACCAUUAUACUAUCCACAUUAAUAUUAUUUUUCUGAUCAACCACAUCCACUAGCGAUUAUGUAAGCUGCCUUUUGUAGUAGACUACAAAAUCACUACUGGCUGCAAUAAAAUAAGCAAAUUUAGUCUGCAUGAAUGAUUAAUAAUAAUUAAUUAGUUUUUUGCACUCUAUUCUUUUCUUGUGAGCUGCCAUGACAAGUGAAUUUCCCCGAUGCUGGAUUAAUAAAGUUCAUCUUAUCUUAUCUUAUAUUCAUUAUUUCAUUAGUUGAAUUCAAAUGUGUCAAUAAAGCAGCUGAUGGCUUAAGGCAGACCUGGGCAUUUUACGGCCCGUUGGUUUACUCUGACCGGAAAUGAUCAAAUAAACAUGUUUUCUGAUUUCACAUUAUGCAUAAAGCUGCAUUGCUUUUAUUUUGAAGUUGAAUUUAUUCACUGACACGAUACGUAGGCUUAAGACGUGCACAUGAUUGGAUCGUUGUCAGAAGACGUCAUUAGCCCCCAGAAAUGUCCGAUCACGCUAAAAAAGAAAGGUAGAUGUCGAAUGCAGGGUUUUUAACAAAAAUUGGACUGCUAACUAUUUAUUUACUGAAGUCAGAAGUAAAGCCGUGUGUUUAGUUUGCGGGGAGCAGAUUGCCGUGUUUAAAGACUACAAUUUGAGUCGGCAUUACCAGACGAAACACGCAGAGAACUAUAAAAACUUGACUGAUGCUGAAAUUGCGCGGACAUCGGAAGCUUUGCUAGCUAAGCUGCAAAAGCAGCAAGGCUUUUUUACCAAGCUUCACACAUCCAGGAUGCAGCAACCAAGACCAGCUUUGUUAUAUCCCACAAAAUCGCUAAAAUCAGUAAGCCAUUCUCGGACGGAGAGUUUGUCAAAGAGUGCUUGGUGGACUCUGCAGCACUAAUAUGACCUGAAAAAAAAGAAGCAUGAACAUUGAACAUGUCCCACUGUCCAGAAGGGUCGAGGACAUUGCGGGGAAUCUGGAGCUUCAGCUUCAAUGUGAAGUGGCAAGUUUUGACUUUUUCUUCUUGGCUUUGGACGAGAGCUGUGAUGUUCGCGACACAGCUCAGUAACGCAGGACUUCAAGAUUACGGAGGAGCUGGCAGCAAUGCGGUCGAUGAAAGGUACAGCAACAGGGAGCCAUCUCUCCACAGAGGUAAAUGCGUGCAUGGACACGCUGGGGCUAAAAUGGGACAGACUGGCAGGUGUCACAACGGACGGUUGUCCAAAUCUUACAGGGAAAAAUUUCGGACUUUUGAAACGCAUGCAAAUGUUCAUAUGUGUACCAUUGUUUUGGGAAAUUUGACUGAAUAAAGUACAUUUUUGCAAGGCAA